AUGAGCAUCAUAAAGAAAAUAGCACUCAAAUUACGAGUUAAAAAUGAACUUGCCAAAGAUGUUUUAGCUGAGUUUUUUGGAACUUUUGUGCUCUGUUCUUUUGCUAUUGGCGCCAGUUGUCAGUAUGUAUUAACCAGACAGAAAUUAGCCAGUUUUUUAACAUUAAAUUUGGCUAAUGGUGUGGGAUUAGUGUUUGGUGUUUACACUGCUGGCGGUGUGUCCGGGGCCUCGCUGAAUCCAGCCACUACUAUUGCACUGUGCCUCCAUGGAUUAAUGGAUUGGUAUAAAUUUCCAUUUUAUACCAUAGCAGAAACAGCUGGAGCUUUUUUUGCAGCUGCUGUUCAAUACAGAGUCAAUAUUGAUAUGUUGAAUGCUUAUGAUGGGGGAAAUCGAAGCACAUAUGGACCAAAUGCAACGGCGGGCAUGUUCUCUACUUUCCCAAAUCCAGAUGUUUCGACUAUGAAUUGCCUAUGGGAUCAGAUUUGGUCCACUUUUCUACUAAUAGUGUGUGUAUUCGCUGUUAUCGAUAAAAAAAAUUUCAUGCCCCUUGAUAAAGGGUUGCUACCCAUAUCGUUUGGAUCUAUUGUCUUCGGUAUUGGUGCUUGUUGGGCAGGAAAUUGUGGAUAUCCUUUAAACCCUUCUAGAGACUUGGGACCACGUUUAUUUACUGCUAUUGCUGGCUGGGGAAUUGAACCAUUCAGCUACAGAAAUUAUAACUGGUUUUGGGUUCCAAUAGUUGGCCCUUGCAUAGGAGCUUCUCUCGCAUAUUUCGGAUACAUGCUGUUUAUUGAGUUACAUUGGGAAGCAGAAGAAGGUGAAGAACCAGAAAAAGUAGAAACCAUCAAUGUUGUUAAUCAUCAUGAAAAAAUACAUAACCAUGAAAUGCAAGGGGUGAAUAAUCCUGCUUUCCUUAGUUCAGAUGGUAAGCAUGUUUAG